AUGGCGGGUGUUAACAGAGAUGCAAUGGAAGACUUGGAGGAUGGAGAAAUAUCUGGCUCUGACUCUGAUUUAGAAAUGGGAGCAACUACAGGCAACCAAGCACAAGUAUCAGCAACCACACUUUUCAGUAGCCAGUCCUUCCAAAGUAGGGCUCCUCCACAAACAACUCCAUCUGCUACAAGUUACCGCAGCUGCGUAAGGGCUGACUCUAGCGACAGCAACUCCGACUCAGAUGAGGAUGCUGCAAUAUGGAAGCGAAAGAGACAAAAAUGUUCUAAUGUUGCACCCACUGCCGUCACUGCCAGAUUGGGUGGCUUUCACACCAUGGCAAGCCAACCGAGCAAAAAAGUAAACAACAUCUGGGGAGCAGUAGUGCAGGAGCAGAGCCAAGAGGCCGUGGCAGCGGAGCUGGGCAUCCUCGGCAUGGAGGGCGACAUCAGCAUGAGCAGCAGGCAAAGUGAGACCUAUAACUACGUCCUGGCGCAGAAGAUGAUGAAGAAGGAACAGGAACAGGGGAUGGAGAUGCUAGACAGCCAGUUGGAGGAAUACAUGCAGCAUCGUACGGCAGAGGACGGGAGCGAUGGGCAUCUGAAGAGAAAGCGGCCUGCUAAAGACAGGCUCGGCCCAAGGGCGGAGAUGGACUUCAAGGGCCGUUAUGAAAUCACAGAAGACGACCCCGAUGAGAAAGUGAUUGAGGAGAUAGCGCACAGGCUAAUGGAGCCAAAGAAGGAUUUGAUGGAGCGUGUAGUGAGAGUGAUCGGAAAGAAGAAAGCAAUCGAGCUGCUGUAUGAAACUGCAACUGUCGAACAAAAUGGAGGUCUUUAUACAGUGGAUGGUAGUCGGAGGCGGACCCCUGGAGGGGUUUACCUGAAUUUACUGAAAAAUACCCCAAGCAUCUCUCAAGAACAAGUGAAGGAAAUCUUCUAUGAUGAGAAUCAGAAAGAAUAUAACAACAAGAAGGCAGCAAAGAAGCGUCGACGGCACCUUGUGGCUAAGAAGAUGAAGCAGGCCAUCGGCGCGCUGGACCUGCAAGAACACGAUGAUGUUUCCCGAGAAACAUUUGCCAGCGACACCAAUGAGGCCCUGGAGUCCCUGGAGGAGGUUGCUGAUGGCCAAUCAGAUGCUGCUUUGGGUACAGAGGACACACCUGUAGUCUACAACUCCAAUGACCUGGAAGUCUUCUGAUGCUUACUGUCCAGUUUAAGAUAGAUACUGCUCCAUUUGGGUCUGUUGGAUAAUUAGUAUAUCCUAUCAGGUCCAUUUGAGAACAUCAGCAUACUUUUCCCAAAGUCACGUGCGUUUAGGGUUAUAACACAGAAAAUAGCUCUUUUCACUGUCUGUGUGUUUUGGCUUGAGUUCUUUGACAAAGAGGAGAAAACACUAGCAUCUUAACACACAAAUUUGCUCUUAUUUGUGACAUACCUCUCUAUUUAAAUUGACACAGAGCUUAGAUAAAAAAAACUGGCAAGAAUCAGACUGCAAACCACAUUUUGGGUUAAUAUGUAUAUUCUCUACUUUUGUUGAAUCACCAAAUCUGUCAUUUUUUUUUUUGUACCAACACUUCUCAGUCAAAGGUUUUUCCCAUGGCUGGUGUAAGAUGUUCAGAAAGUUUGACGGGAUGUCUUCUCUGGAUUGUCUGCAGUAGGACAUGUAUUGUUUGUGAACUCAGGGCAUUUGUUUAGGCCUGUGAGUGUUCGAUGUUUUUAUUUAACCAUUCUUAUCAACAUUGUGCAUUUUUCAGGAAGCUUAGAUGACAAAGACUCCAUUUUUUCCUGUUGUAACACUGAAAUAAUAAUAACAGCGCUCUGUAGACUGGAUUGGAAACCCUCAUCAAGGGCUGCAUGGAAGUAGGACUUUGUUCCUAGCCAAUUUUAACACACCCUGGUUCUGUUGUUUGGAGGAACUGAAUUAAGUGUGUGUAUGUGUCGGGUUUUGGGGGGAAAAAACACACUCAUAUCUGGCAGCCCUCCUGGAGAGGGAUUUGCUAUUCCUGCUUUACAGUAUGUAAAAUGUGUAAUGGCAUUGCACUUUUCUUUUGCAUAGAGUUUGACUUCGUUUUAUUCCCCUACACGUCACGUCAAUGUGUGAAUGCUUUGUAACUCCUCAAAAGAAAAGUGUCAAAUAAUAUUUGAGAUGCACUAAACGUACAAAUUGUGUGAAAAUAGUGUCUUGUGUUUGGUCAAUCCUUAAGGUGGCAUAAAUGAGUGAGGGCAUCACCAGAGUGUU